AUGGAACAACGAGCUGACGGGGUCACAGGUGGCGAGAAGCAGAGAGGUAUCAUCACCUACGGCAUUGCCCCCAACCGUCAGAACCCCUUCGCCGGCGCCGCCCACGACGCCGUCUUCAACACCUGGCGCCGCUUCAGCCAGCAGGUCCUCUACUUCCUCCCUCCCCUGGUUGCCGGCUGGUACAUCAUGGACUGGGCUACCCACCGCAACCACUACCUGAACUCCAAGCAGGGCCGUGCCGAGUUCGGCGACGAGGAGUAA